AUGAAAUACAAGAUCAGAUUCACAAUUGUGCUCAGAUCGCUCAUUGCCUUGCACAGAAAAAAAGUUGGAUCUGGUUUCGAUGUGGCUACUGCAGUCUACGGAUCAAUUAUCUACAACAGAUUUUCACCAAGAGUUGUGAAUAAAAUUUACCAAGACAGGUUUUUUGAAGACAAAACACCUACGACUAAAAAGGCAUUUGUGGACCACUUGACAUCUGUUGUGGAUUCCAAGUGGGAGUUUCGUCAUGCGGCAUGGGGACUUCCUCCAGGCAUUCGCUUGGUGAUGGGAGAUAUCAAAGGUGGGUCCGAAACUCCUAAGCUUGUUUCCAAGGUACUCAAAUGGCGAGCUGAGAACCCCAAGGAGAGUGACGAGCUAUACAGCAAGUUAGAGGAGGCCAAUAGUCAGUUUAUUCUCUCGGUAGUUCUGCUCCGACUUCUUCACAGCCAAGACAAAGAGACCUACCAAUACUGGUUGGAGAAACUCACCCACGAAGCACCAGUCGCUAAAAAUAACCCCUUUUAUGGCAUUACCGAAAGAUUCACGACCAUCAGAAAGUAUCUUCGUGAACUCACCAAAGUCACUGGAGCCGAAAUUGAACCUCCAGAACAGACAAAGCUCUUGGACGCCUGUACGACAAUUGAAGGCUGUUUAGGUGGUGUGGUUCCUGGAGCUGGGGGCUACGACGCCAUUUGUCUUCUUAUUGCCGAGAAAGCAAUUCCAUCAUUUGUUGAAAAAACAAAGUCCGAUUCUAGGUUCGCAGCGGUAUCCUGGUUGAGACUACACGAAGAGACCGAGGGACUCAGAAGUGAAGACCCCAAUAGCUAUGAGAUAUAG